CCCCGUUUCCUUGUCUGUUCCCUUCCCGAGUUUCCACACUCCAAUCCUCGCUGUUGAGAAAAGUUGUUUUGGCUCACAAUGGUUGGCUCGGAGACCAGCUGGCAGAAUCGAUCCCUCCCUUGAAAACAUCAUUUAUUUUACAUCUAGUGAUACCCAGACACCACCACCGCCAUGCCUCGGUUGGGACUCGGCUACGACAUGGACCAGUUUUUGGACCAUUGCCGUAUGACCAAGCCACCCUAUGAGUGUCCGCACGCCUCCUGUGGCAAGGUGUACCGCAGCCUUGCCGGCAUUCAGCACCACAUGACCACUUUUGAUCAUGAGAACCCACCCCCAAGUGUGGUCACUCCGAAGUCUGCACGCAAGAAGAACAUGAAGCGACCCCCUUCCCCGCUAGCCAACCAGGAGCCAGAGCCACCCUCGGUGCCAUACUCCCACGACAUGAAGACGGUUGAGUUUGAGGUGGACGGCAAGCUGACCCGACUCUCUGUGUAUGAUCCAAUAGAGAUUUUGUCCAAGCAGGACAACAUAACCAGCGUGCCACCACACCCGCAGGAAGACUAUGAGGCCUCCAUGCCCCCUGUGGUGGAGGAGCCGCCUCCUCAGGAACAGGCACGCACCCCCUCCAUCAAGCCCCUCCCCAAGACACCCUCUGGAAAGACUCCCCCAGCAACCAAAACCCAGCCCACUAAAACCCAGCCAGCUAAGACACAACCAGCCAAAGCACAACCAGCUAAAACACAGCCUGCUAAAGCCCAGCCUGCCAAGACCCAGCCCACAAAAGCUCCUGCUAAGACCACUGCUGCCACCACCAUCACCACCAGUACUACUACAUCCUCUUCCUCCACAUCCUCCUUGUCUUCCUCCUCAUCCUCUUCCAUGUCUUCCACCUCCUCUACUGCUUCUAAUUCCUCCACCACCUCGUCCUCCUCAUCGUCUGCUUCACCCAGCACUCCCCUCCCCAAGACUCAUGCACAGAAGACGCCUAAGGCCAGAGCCAGUGACAAGGAUCGAGGUGUGGACGUGCAGCGCUACACCAUAGAGGAGAAGAAGACCAACAAGCUCCCUGAGGCAUCCUUCAGGAUCAUUGAAGACUAUUACAAAAGUCUUCCUGAUGCACCGCCACAACCCUCCAAUUAUCACAGGUUCAUUGAGAAGAGCCUGGAGGAGCUGGAUGAGGAGGUGGAGUACGAUAUGGAUGAGGAAGACCGUGCGUGGCUGCAACUCAUGAAUGAGAAGCGGUCAGUGGACGGACUCCCAGCGGUGGAGAUGGAGAAUUUUGAGCUGCUCAUGGACCGGCUGGAGAAAGAGUCGUUCUUCCAGGCACAGUGUUCAGGCCGUGACUCUGGUGUGCCGAUUGACGAAGAUGCCGUAUGCUGCAUCUGUAUGGACGGCGAGUGUCAGAACAGCAACGUGAUCCUCUUCUGUGAUAUGUGCAACCUGGCUGUGCAUCAGGAGUGCUACGGAGUGCCAUACAUCCCUGAGGGGCAGUGGCUGUGUCGCCGGUGCCUGCAGUCCCCCUCUCGAGCUGUGGACUGUGCCCUAUGUCCCAAUAAAGGAGGCGCCUUCAAGCAGACUGAUGACAGUCGCUGGGCCCAUGUUGUUUGUGCUAUGUGGAUACCUGAAGUGUGCUUUGCUAACACUGUCUUCCUGGAGCCCAUUGACAGCAUUGGUAACAUUCCCUCUGCCCGCUGGAAACUGACCUGCUACAUCUGCAAGCAGCGUGGAGUGGGUGCCUGCAUCCAGUGUAACAAGGUCAACUGCUACACUGCCUUCCAUGUGACAUGUGCCCAGCAGGCCGGCUUGCACAUGAAAAUUGAUGCCAUGAGGGAAACCAAUGUCAAUGGAACCUCAGUCACAGUGCGGAAAGCUGCCUAUUGUGACAUGCACACGCCAGCCGACUCAGAUGCGCGUCCCCAGCUUGACGAGAUCAUGGACUCGGCAAAGAAGGCGGCGGCCAAGGCAGCGUCCAGGCAGAAGAUGAAGAAGGCACGCAAGAUCCUGGCUGAGAAGCGUUCAGCAGCGCCCAUUGUGUCCGUGCCAACCAUACCAGCUGACCGUCUCACCCCCUCCCUCUAUUCUGGUGUUGUCAACUCUGUUCCCGUCAUACCCUGUGAAAAUAUUCAGAAAUUGGCCGCCCUGGUCAACAUGCAGAAGCGCUCCCAAUUCAUGCACCGCUUGCUGGCCUACUGGACCCUCAAGCGACAGUCCCGCAAUGGUGUGCCACUGCUACGCCGCCUCACCACCUCACACGCCCGCCGCAGCAACACCACCUCGCGCCCUGUUGAGGAGAAGCCUGUUGGUGUGAAGGAUAAGGAGAGGGUAAUGAAUGAGGCAGAGGGUCUGAGGGAGGAGAUCAAGUACUGGCAGCGACUGCGACAGGACCUGGAGAGGGCUCGGCUGUUGUGUGAGCUGAUUAGGAAGAGGGAGAAGACCAAGAGGGAGCUGGUCAAGGCGAAAGCAGAGGAGAAGAAGGUGCAGCUGGCUCCCUUCGUCCACCUACUGCUGCAAACUAUUGAUCAAAUCCAGGAGAAAGACCAGCAGAUGAUCUUCGCUGAGCCUGUUGACUUGGUGGAGGUGCAUGACUACCUGGACGUGGUGAAGCACCCGAUGGACCUCUCCACCAUGCGGCAGAAGGCUCAGACACAUCAGUAUAUGGACGUAGACCAGUUUGCUAGUGACUUUGAACUCAUGAUUGAGAAUUGCCUGGUCUACAAUGCCAAGGAGACCAUCUUCUAUCGGACGGCUGUCAAGCUGCGUGAUCAGGGAGGUGCCAUCAUCCGCCAGCUAAGGAGAAAUGUGGAGGUCAUUGGAUUUGAUAUGGAGACUGGCCUCCUCCUUCCCCACCGUCCCAAGCCACUCCCAGAGAUAUCGGAUAACAAGAUUAUUAAGGAAGUGGAUGAGGCGCUGGCGGCAGAUGCAGACGAGUGCUGGAGCCUGGAAGAGCGAGAGAAGGCUCUGCUGGAGCUCCUGGACAAAGCCAAUCUUCUGAGACACCAUGUGGCACGCAUCAAGAGGGUGAAGCUCAUCAGGCGUGAGAUUGGCAUUGUGCGGAGGAAGCUGGCACUGAGCCAGUCUGGGAGUGCAAGUCAGAAAUCAAAUGCUGUGUACUACGACACAGAUGAUGAGUCAGAGAAGGAGGAUUCAGACAUUGAUGACAGUUCGGUGAUUGAUGACGAGGCUGAACCUGGUGAGCCAAGCCGACCAAGUACCCCACCUGCCCUGGCCUCUCAGCUGGCUGCCUCGCACCUGGCCCACACCACUAGCCUCUCCUCCGGGCCUGGUAGAGUGGGUGGCAUAGCUCUCUCUCCCAUGACCACACCCUCCCCACGCAGCCUCCACCAACGCAAGACUAGCAAGAACACUCCUAAGGAUGACCACACUCAGAAGCGCAUUGACUCCUUCUUCACUCGGAUAAACAAACCAUCACAGAAGAGCAUCCAGGAGCCGCAGCCACAGCAGCAGGAGAGCAGUGUUGCCGCAGUGGCUGAUGAGGCCAAGGCCACCAAACCUGAAGACUCAGCUCAUGAAACACCCAAAAAGCGUGGCCCUGGUCGACCCCCGAAGAGACCACGCACCCUCUCUGGCCCAUGUGCAAGCCCCCCAGCAAAGAAAUUGGAAAGUGAAGCAGGUGAUGCAGCGACCCAGGCCAAGGAGAGCAGUGAGGAUGCCCCAGAAUCAGAGCCGCCCUCAGUGCCCAGCUCACCAUCAGGAGUGAACCGACGCACCUCCGUCCUCUUCACAAAGAAGGCUGGUGCACUGUUCAAGAAGCGCUUCCCUCAGCAGCGUCGUGGUUCUGGAGGCACCAACAGUGACGAGGAGAACCAACUUCUCGAGACCAAGACAGCACGCCGUAAGAAGGUGACUUCCCCCUUGCAAACUUCCAGAGCCGACUCCCUUGGCUUCCCCGAAGGACUACCACUCCUUAACCUCUCAGAUAGUGGAACACCUCCUACCAAAGACUCCUUCAAGAUGUACCGCCAGGGAGGAGCAGAAAUCCCUCCAGAGACAGACGAAGACACCCACUCUGAAUCCAAUUCCUGCCUGACUGACACUGAGGACGAGACUGCGUCAGAGUCUGACUCAGAAGGCGGCGGCAGCGGCAGUGACUCCAGUGUGGAAGGGGAGUCACCGGGGUCAGGCCAUGCAGGAGACCAGAUCCCCCUGGAGCCCCUGGACCUGGUGUGGGCUAAGUGUCGUGGCUAUCCCUGGUACCCUGCCCUGAUAAUAAAUCCCAAGAUGCCCAAGACUGGUUAUUUCCAUAAUGGAGUGCCCAUCCCUGUGCCUCCUGAUGAUGUCCUGGCACUGGCCAAUAACUACCCAUCACCCAUGUACCUUGUGCUCUUUUUUGACAAUAAACGGACCUGGCAGUGGCUACCACGCUUCAAGCUGGAGCCAUUGGGUGUUGACUCAGCUCUUGACAAAGCAAAGUUGGUGGAGUCCAGGAAGCCAUCAGAGAGGAAGGCAGUGAAGAAGGCUUAUGAGAAGGCCAUCUUACACCGGUGUCGUGUGACUGGGGAGAACACCGGCCUUAGUGGGGACUCAGACAAUGAGGAGCCCAGCUGAGGGCUCAGUGCUAAAAGUGGGUUGCCAGAAGUGGCUAGCCUGACAGUGCAGGGACAUUCCAGUGUAGGCACUUAACACCUCAUUUUGGGGUUACAUCUGGGUCCAGUGGGGCUGCUUAUCUUCUGGGCCUUACCAUUGCAGAUAUUUAUAUUUAUACAAAUAUUUAUACGUGUCAUACAUCCCUUGUGUAGGUUGAGACUGGAAGCAGCAGCAGUCACAUGUGGCAGGUGUCCCGGUGCAGUGUCUCAUGAAUAGUUCACAUGUAGUGAAAUUUCAUGUGUAGCAAGUAGUGUCUUAUGGCAACAUUUUCCCCUGUGUCACCACACUGGCUGGUGAUAAUGUAGUGUAGAGGUGUGAGCAAAUCAUUUAAUUUUUUAAAGGGGAAGCUGACAUCAUUAGAGUAAUGAUUUUAUGGUGCUUGUGGGUAAUUUUAGAUUAUAUACACAACAUUGAACUUUACUUUCUAUGACUGCAAGACAUUCAUACAUACAUACUUAAGAGUCUGUCUGUUAGGAGAGUAAUGAGUAAUGUGUUGUAUUGUAUCACGCCUACAAAUUUUACACUGCCACUGACUAGGGCUGUGGCCCUUAUGCGUAGGGAGUAAGAGCAAAUAUUAUUAAGUUAGGUGUCAUGUCUCACUGGCUGGUGAGUUGCAACACAAGGAAUUGCCAGUCAUAAGUUAGGGAGUCCAUGAAAUACAGGUGAAGUGUGGGAUGGGAAGUACGGAGAUUGUUUGUCUGUUACCUGAUUGAUUUAAGGACGGGAAUUGAGUUUGAGAAAUACACUAGGUCCUCAUUGUGUCUUCAGGUGUUGUGAUUGCACCCAUGAUGUCUUUUACUAAUAGAAAUUCAUUUAAUGCUUAAAAACUUGAACUUUCUUAUGGACAUCCUUUCCAAUUUAUUGUGAAUAUUCAUUUUUAUAAUAUUUGAUGCAAGUAUAUGGUUGUUGAGACAUGUCAGUGGGAAAUGUUUUCAAUAAAAUAGUCUUAUUUAUAUAAGAUUAAAAGUAAUUAUUCAUAUGAUACAUUUUCACACUAAAGAAGUCAACUAAAUGGGAUGCAUCAUCUGAAUAUAAUGAAGACCCAGUGUAUUAUCUAUUUAUAAGUCUUCUUUGUUACUGGAGUUUAUGGAUGUUAGGCAUGAAUAUUGGUUAUAUUUUUUUUAUUUAACUAUUUAUGUAUUAUUUAUGUAGUUUUUAUUAUCUUUUUAUCUUUUUUAUACAUGUGAUGGGUAGUUAGUCAAGAUGGUGACUGAUGCCAGAGAGCCUGAUGAAUGCUCAUUUUAUGGUCAUCUCUUGUACAUGUGUAUCCUUCAAGGCAGGACUACACAGUGCAGUCCUUGACCAGAUUACAAGAUCAUGAACACAAUAAUAACUAGUCAGGCUCUUCAAAUUGAUGGUAAUGUUCAUGUGCAUUCCUGAGAGAGAGAGAGAGAGAGAGAGAGAGAGAGAGAGAGAGAGAGAGAGAGAGAGAGAGAGAGAGAGAGAGAGAGAGCCAAGUGUUAUUAAAGGAAGACAAAUUAAUUUAAGCUCUAAAAUGGUAAGAGGCUGCCAAGGAAGUCUUUCUCACCAUUCUAUAAGGCAACACAUGUGGAAGCAGUGGUGGUGAAGGGCAGCCUGCGUGCUGCACAAGUAGUUAGUGCUUUAGUGGGCUAUUAGAAAAUUAUUUUGUUUUGUGGGAGGAGCUCAGUGGCUUCUAAGUCCUUAGAUUUAUAGUUUUGUGUUCAAAGGGUGUGAAGCCUCCUUUGUACAAAGGCAGACUAAUUGAAGGUUUUCUAUAUGUCAGAAGGGAAGAUGACUUUGUUUGUGAGUGUAGUAGAUGUGUUUGUUCUUGUGGCAAAGAAGACAUUGUGUGUUUGAGGUGAGGUAGAUGUAUAGUUGAAGGAGAGUGCUUGAGGUAUUAUGGAGGAUGUAUUCAUUUUGUGUUCAUGAAGAAGAGUAAAAGUGACUUGGAUCAGGCAGAGAAGAGACUGCUAGGAAGCAAAGUCUAUUAGCUGCCAUUAUCACUUUCCAGCACCUUGCAUUUUGUAUUAUUCUGUGCUAAGGUUUGGGACUCACAUGAUGGCCUUCCUCUGCCAUACCUCAUUCAUAUUUAGCUCAUAACUUGUCAGCUUUUACCAUGUCACCCUAGCAUGUAGUACUACCUGCCUCAUAUCUAUGUGGUGGAUAUAUUGGUGGUAUGCAUGUGGAUGACAAGUUUGUACUCAGGAAAAAUGAGUGAGUAAAGAUCUGGAUGGUUGUCUUGUCUUGUGUGGGAACAGAUUCAUGUGAGUGUAGUGAGGGAAUAUGGGAAGUAUGGAGUACCAGACAGGAAGGAGAGAAGAAUGAAUGACUCUUGUUGUCACUUUCCAGAGAGAUCUGCACAACAGCAUAUCCCUUUCACUCCCAAAGACUUGAACAGCAUAAGGUUAUCAUUUUGCUAAUGUAAUGGGGAUUUGUACUUUUUUGAGGUCAUAGAAAACUAUAUCUAAAUAUAUCCAAAUAUCUAUAUAUGCAUUAUUAUAAUUAUAGAUAUAGUAUGUGCUUACCCAAAUGAGAAUGCAAAUGUUUUACUAUAAUAAGAUUAUAUUUUUUUUAAGCAAACCUAGACAUGUAAGUUUAUGUUCAGAUCAAAUUGAGCCUGUAUAAUGUAUUGGGUAGAAGGUCCCUGUAAUGCUGCCUUAGUAUGACAUUAAGAGUGUGUGUGAGUGUUGUGAUGUGGCAAAUGCACUACACACAGGAUGGCUGAUAGUGGCUUUCAGAGCAGCAGGAAACUGGUGUGUAGCUGUCAGUGUGUCACUAGUCACCUGUCUGUACGUAUUUGUGUGUGAGAGUGCAUGUGUGUGUUCAUCUUGCCAAAGUUGAAUUGAUUGAGCAUCUUUUUCAUGCUUUAUCUAUAUACUUUUUUUUUUUUCCUCUCCAGCAUAAGUGGCCAGUUUUCAAUAUCAGUUAUUUUGCUAAGCAACCUGAAUGGCUUGUUUUGGGAAUAACCUUUGUUAUGGUCCAACUCAUCUGAAAUCUUUUGUAGUACAGCUCUUCUUUGGGUAACUACAUAAUAUUAUGGAUAUUUCAUGCCUGCUGUUUUUGUCAUAUUAAUAACCUGCUAGUUACAGCAAAACUCCCUGUGAAAUACUUAUAGCUUUAACUUUUGACAUUACUUAGCCAAAGGUGUUCUUUCCUGGUGGUUUCCACACUUCAUUUGGUAUAUUGCCAUUCAUUAUUUUAAACAGAUUUGUUGGAUCUUCUUAUCAGUAUUAUGCCCAAGCAAGCCUUGUGUCUGCCUGAUUUCGUUAUUGUCUUGAGAGAUUCUGUAUCACAAUGGAAUUAAGGAAGGAAGCACAACUGUAUAUUUGUGCAUAAUAAAUGAGGUCUUCAUGAGGCUCCAAAGUGAUAGCAGUGCUGCUGGUCCAUCACAGUGCAGCUCACUUUAAUCAGACACACCACACAAGUAUGAUGUGGUGUUUGAAAGACCACUGUAUUAUCAACUUAAAUUGACAGCUGAGUCAUGGCAGCAUUGGUGAUGUUUGUUUUACUACACUAGCAUCUGGCACCCUAAGGUCUUCAGGAGUGCUUAGUGGAGGGUAGCACUCAUUCUCACCACCAUGUGUGCCUCAUAGUGGCACUGCAGCACUCAUUGUUUUCACAGUGUACAAGUAACUGACUGUGCAUCAUCUUCACUUAUAUGAACACCUGCUUAGUAUUAAGCUCUUUAGGAAGGGUACAAAAUUCAUACAUUUACAUAUUUGCAGCAUGAUCACAAAUUGAGUUGUAAUUAUAAAUUUCAAACUUUUAUAUAUGUACUGCUCUUUGUAGCAAGCAAAGCCAGGUGAUCAUAUUGCGGUGUGUGGUGGUGGUGGUGGUGGUCAACUUUGCAGAACUGUAUUGGCACAGAACACAUUUUGUCUGACACAAGCAGUCCAGGUCAAUGGAGAAAGAUUUGUAGAAUUUGUUACUGUCUAACAAAGUGUCUGACACUAUUUUUCUGUACUAAUGACAAUCCAAUAUGCUAGAAAACAAUAGAUUCUAAACUUGUACCAAACAAGAAAUCUCACACUGCCCAAUGCAUCACUGCAUUUAUUAUCUAUCCGGCAUGCUGAAGACUAAGCGAAGACUUGGCCACUUGUGGCAGAUUCGGUGGACCACAGGAACUUGUCUCCUUGCUAGAGGACGGCUAAGUGAGGUAGUUCUCUUUUAUAUCUCUUCUAUGUUUGUGUGGAGUCCUACAUCCUUCACUUGGUAAAGUUAUUGCCUUAAACUGUAUACGAUCUCUUAUAUACAGUAGCUCUGCAGUCAAAAUCACAUAGUCCAUGUAUGCAAAUAUUGGUGACUUGUGCUCAAAUACUAGCUACAUUUUUAAGUCAAAUUUCCUUCAUGUAUUUUCAUAUGAAAGAUUAACUGUAAUGACAUAUAGCCAUGUCAUCAUGAAUGUGUAGUGAGCUGGGAGUCACUGUGGCACAUGUCCAUCAUACACACUCAACAUUCCCGUCUCCCUGCAGUGUGGCAACUGAGGCUCUGCAAUGUCUCACUGCAGUAGCUAGCUCAUGAUCUGCUUGCCUAUGGGGUGGUGCUCCCCACUGUAGGUAGCCUAGAGAAGCGCUUGUGUAAGAGGUGCCGCUUGAGAAUACAUGUACAGAAUAAU